AUGAACCAAUCGUUGCAAUACAUGUCUGAGAAUUACGAGGAAAGGAAAAAGAAGAAAACGGUCGCCAAAAAGGAAUUUUCAACAAAAAUGGUUGAAAUACAGAAAAAAUCUUCGGCUAAGAGUGUGGACCAAAAAGUUGAAGUGAAUAAUGCAAGCGAUUCUGUAAAAAGUGAUAAUUAUAAAAGUGAUGAAUUGAAGGAACCAAACAGUGAUAAAAUUGGCGAAGAAGUUAGUGAUGGAAAUGAUAACGUUUCUGUUGACAACAAAUCCAUUGCUAACAAUAUUAGUUCAGAGACCGAACAUAUUGUCAAAACAAUUGAUUCAAAUGGAGAUAAUGAAGAAGUGAUUAAGAGUACAGAAUCUAAUGAAACAAAUAAUAAUGAUAUCAAUACUGAAGUAAAUUUAGGUAAAGAAGAAACCGAUGAAUACGACAAAUAUUAUGAUCGAUGGGAAAGUGACUCCGAAGUGACAGUCGAAACAAAACCAGCGAAACCUAAAGAGAAUAGCAUUAAAGUAACGGACGAUAAAAAGGCGAAUAAUAUUAAAACAAAUUCUGUUAAAAGUAAAGAAGAAAAAACGAAAGAGAGUACGAAAAGUAAGCAGAAUAUUAACGACAAGCAAAGAAAGACGAGUCAAGAAACAAAUUCAAUGAAGAAUUCGGUGUCAAAUCAAGAUAUAAAUACUAUAAGUACUCGCAAUGAGAAUCAGAAUUUGGAAAACGUUUCGAGUGAAGAGUCUAUAUUUGACUCGGCGUUGAUUAUAGAGGGGAUGGAAAGGGAAGACUCGCACAUGUAUUCUUCAUUAAUGGAUCAAAUCUAUCAAAAUGAAGAUUCUGUGUCACGACUGGAAAACAAUAGCUGCAGCCCUAGUAAAGAGCAUAUACAGCCGCUAGUGCGCACAGUACCCAGCUCUACACCGCGAAAGGAUAAGACGAGUGCGAAGAGCGAGACCCAAUACCAAUUGGAGCGCAAAUUGUUUGAAGAGUUACACGAUUUGAAGCGCUUCCAAAUCAGGAGCGGAAGAUCUAAUGAGAUAUUAAUGGUUAAGAGACUCGUCGACAAGUUUAGGAAAGACGUGAAGGCGCCCGGAAUGAGUGAUUUCGGUGGUGUCUAUAGUUAUAAAAAUUAUGAGUUCUAUCUCUACGAUCAAUUGCGGAAACUGUCGACUUCUAACCAGGGAAAGGUCGCGUUACUGACCCGGUCAGUGAGUCAUGAAAACAUACAAUUAAUUGUUAAUUCAAAUGAGAGCAUAACUCAGAGUAACCCUGAAAUGAUGCAAAACACUGUUGGACUCGAUAUAAAUCAACACAACAUUGAUAUGAAAGCAAUUAAAUCUCAUGAUAAGGAUCUCGGCAUUGAAAGUGAGCCCAAACUAUCUCUGAUUGCGAUCAAUGAGAACACAUCGCAAUCCCAAUGCACUGAAAGCGUGGAUAUUUUGGACAAGAAUAUUAUUUCUCAAAUAAAUGAUAGCGAAACACAAGACACAAAACGUGAUUAUACAAACUUUGACAGAAGCGGUUUAGGGCUUACCAGUCAUACCAGUCAACAACUGGCUGAGUGUGUUCGGACGGAAAGUCGAGAGUCGAUGAAUAUAAAAGAGUUAAUCGUUGAGGAAAGCGAUGAGAUUUGUGAGUUACGGAACGAACAGGAAUUGAAUGAACGAUCGCUAAUGCAAGCCAAACAUGCAAUCAGUUAUAAAUCAAGCGAUAGUCAAACUGAUCUGAUCUCAGUAUCAGAAGCCAAGUCGACAAUCGGCUCAUUGAGAAACGAAAACAGUUUGUCGAGAGAUAUCAGUUCACAAUCAAGUUUCAAAAAAGAAUGUUAUGUUGUCACGCCUCGAAUCAACCCGAGAGCCGAUAUGUCCCGUCUCUACUUUCCCUACAUUUACUGGCAUUGUUUUAAAAUGCAAUUUAUGGCCACAUCUCGACCCAUGACACGCGUGAUCGCCGACAAUAUGCUCUUUACUAGGGCUGCAGCUAUUGUUUUCCAGUCGUGA